ACCUUGAGGACUUCAGAAACAUGGAUGAUGAUUAUGAGUGUGAUGAUUUAGAUGUGCUGACUUCCCUACUAGAUGAGGAACAAAAUGGCAGUAUGCCACCAGGAUUCAGUUAUGAUGAUGAUGACCAUACCAGUUCGACAAGUACACAGAGUUCACAAUGUAAAAAGUCACAGAGAAGUAGUGAUAAUGACAUGUCUAGUACACAGGAUCCGCUAAGCAGUGAUGAUGAUGCUAAUAAGUCCAAGGAAGACCUCAUGGAGGAAAUUAGACUCAUGAAAGAAAAGUUACGUACACUUGAAAAACAAGCACAGCACACUCCAAGUAAAGCAUCAGUAGCUGUGACACCACAAAUACAGCGUAGAAACAGUGGAAUAAAUCCCAUUUCUUCACAAGUUAAUAGUCCUUAUAGAUGCCAGCUAUGUAAUAAGUCUUUCUUUACAUUGGAGGAAUUUAAAUCUCAUGAGUAUCAACAUCAGAAAAAUAAUCCACUGAAGUGUGAUUUGUGUAUGAAAACAUUCAACAGUGAAAUCAGCCUCAAAAUGCACCACCAAAAGCUACAUGCAAGAGAGAAAAAUAUCAUUGCACCUGCAGACAAAGUAUCUUCACCAGCACAAAAGAAACUUGAGCGUACUGAUAAUGUGAAACUUCCUAGUGGCAGACCGAGUGCAUCUGGAAUGGGAGGUUUAACAUCUGGAAAUAAAAACUCCCAAUUUAAAAGUAACCGUGGAGUGUUGGCUCCUGCUAUGAAACCAAAGGAGGAGGAUGAAGAUGGAAAUUGGGAAACUGAAGUUUACUCACAGAUAAGAAUAAUGUAUGUAAUGUCUUCAGUUUAUGCAAAAUCUAAUACCAUAUUUUGCCAAUUAGAAGUGCUUCUCAAUUUCUCAAUGUGUGCAUUCAUUGUAUGGAGGAUCAGUAAAGUAUGA